CACCGAGAGUCUUCACGAGGUAGCCUUUGGUGAUGACAUGGGGCAGAAGGAACUGUGCUUGCGACCCCAGUCCGUGUUUCUCAACCAUGGAUCAUAUGGAGUCGUACCUCGCAGGGUUCUGGAUGUACAGAAAAGGUGCUGUCUUAAUCUAGUAACAGAAAACAACAACAGAAACUUUCAUUUAAAAAAAUCCUGUCAACAGCAAAAGAUUAUAGCGAACAACUUUUUUAUUCUGUAAAAUUAAAAUAGACACUGACAAGCCUAACAUUCCUAAACAACUCACGUGUUAUUUUUUUUUUUUUUUGUCUCGUAAGGAAUAGUAUAAUAUGCUAUCAAUAUUGUUGAUUAGCAGUAUCUUGGUUUCCAUUAGGACUGUGGGGACUAAGGAAGGGAAGGGGGAGCAACGGGUAGCUGAGGUUGUUGGAAGCUAAGAUUUGGGUUAGUGUGAAAUGGUCAGCUCUCUUCUUUUGGAAGAUUUGACAAUCGGUGUUAUUUUGAACCUUUACAAGCAGCUUGUCAAGCAGGCAGCUAGAAAGACCAGAUUUCUCACUGAAUGGGGGAUGGAGACACUCACAUUUGAGAAUAUAGAAGGGAGAUGAGAUGAAACACGUUCGAGUUUAGCCUCAGAGGAUGCUAGAAUCACCUCCGCUUUUCAGAAUUAAUCUUUAUUUUAUGCAAUAAAGUCCACUCGCAUCUGUAUUAUAAUAAAAAGAUGAAUGGAGGGUAUGUUCAACAGGCCACGAACAAAUCCUAGGUUUACAAGAGUCGGUCUCUAGAAACUACUACAUAAGCGUAGAUAGUAUUGUGUCUGUAGGUGGCCAGUGACAGUCCAAUGGCCGGACAUACAUAGUAAACAGGAAAGGUCCAAUAAGAGAAUUUGAAUACACGGCAACCAGCGCUGAUGACUAGACUUGGUUAGAGGAGUCGGAGGUCAUGAAGUCGUUGGAUAUAGAUCACGUGGUCUCGUGCGUGUGUGUGUAUAUAUAUAAAGUGUACUCAUGACCUCACACAGACUGUUACUACAGUGGCAGACAAGCAGACGAAGAGGUGAGAAGGAACUAAGACAGUCCUAACAUCAGCGCUAAAACUCAAAACAGAGAGCAGACUAUACUCAAACUAUCUUACUGAAGAAAUCCAAAGUCAGAAUUUUACAGGUCUGCGGUCUGCAUUCAGGCGCACGUGCUGAGACCUACCCACAGCCUAGUUCACUUUGUGUCUAAUGGAAACACCUUUUCAGAAAAAUGAAAUGACAAUGACCAUCUUUAUUUCUGAGAACAGCUUUAGGCGGCCAACGACAUGUAGACACAGACUGUUACGGACUCCAUGACAACAUAAAACCGGAAAAAAGUAAUUAAGGACUUCCCACAUGCCCAUGCGUUGACUGGCUCGUUAGCGGAGGGAAGUCCACCCCAUCCCUGUUCCUCCCUUGCCACUCCCCUUACACCAUGGUUUCGGUUUGUUUGUUCGUUGUUUUAUUUAUUUAUUUUUAUCAGAAAAAUACCAAAGAAAAUCCCCGACUGAAUACACAGAUGCCUCAUUCAUUGUGCGCCUUUCACAUGGCUAUCUGUUCGUCUCGGGGACACAACUGAUCCUCACCAACUACAAUAAAACCCUCGUGUUCUUCUGGCAUUCUGUCCAUCUACAGGCGAGUACUUCUGUCAGAGAGCGCCUCGGGCAUCGCUUCCCUCUCCUUCCUGUUGUGACAGUCACGUGGUCGUCUGUCAGAGUCGACGCAUGUCAUGUGCCUGUGGCUGUCUUCUCUGAGCUGACACUCGUGUGAACUUCGGCACGCGAGGUGUCCAGGUUGGUCGUUGUCCAAGUUUCCACAGUUGCCACAUCCUCACAAACUUGUUGCGGACCUGAGCUCCGGCUGUCAAGGAGACCCGGCCUCAGUCUCUGAUUUUUUUUUUUUUUUUUUUUUUUUUUUUUUUGCCACGAUAUUUUUUUCAUUUGUUGAUGUUUUUAUUUUCAAAUACAUCAUCACAGACAUGGCGAUGUCAAGUUCCAAGACAACGACGUGCUGCUCCCUGGCCAGGGGUGGAUAAUGAGGGAAACGGCGCUGUCACGUUUUCGUUAGGCCCACUUAGUGAACAGCGGUCAUCUAAGGAGGGUAGUCUCCCCUGGCUUAUGGAUGAGAGAGAGAACCACCCUGAUCAUUGGUUUCGGCGGGUAGCAAGAGGGUACUGGCUGGAAGCGAGAACAGCUGCUGCAGAAUUUGUGGGAGCUGAUGUUGAUGAUGUGGUUUUUGUCAGCAAUGCUACCACUGCUGUGAAUGUUGUCCUGAGGUCACUAAAGCUUGAGGCUGGAGAUGCUAUCCUAGCUACCACCUUGACCUUUAGGUCUUUUCAGACCCUGUGGGAGGAUUUGCAAGAGCGUAUCUACCCCAGAGGCGUUCAGUGCCUGCUCAUGGAAAUCAAGAUGCCAAUACUGAGUGAGGACCAGGUGGUGCAGCAGUAUGAUGAGUUCCUUGCCAGCCAUCCCAAUGUCAAGUUUGUUCUGAUUGACCACAUCACCAGCCCUAGUACCAUUCUCAUGCCUGUUGAACGCCUGAUUCCUGUGUGUCACAAGCAUGGUGCCCUGGUGAUGAUUGAUGGUGCUCAUGCACCAGGGCAGGUAAAGUUGAAGCUAAAUAUGCUUGGUGCCGACAUGUACACAGGUAAUUUCCACAAGUGGCUGUUUACUCCCCGUGGUUGUGCCCUGUUGUGGGUUAGUAAAGACCACCACCACUUGGUGAAUCCGGUCAACACACCUUGGCGCAAGAAGCAGAGUCUUGGUGACCAGUUUUUUUACCAGGGUACACAGGAUCACAUUCCAUUGAUUUGUGCCAAGUAUGGGGUACAGUUCUAUCAAGCCAUUGGUGGAAUGGAAAGGAUAAUCAGAUACAAAUCAAAGUUAACCACUGAAGGUUGUGACUACCUUGUGAAAAAGCUGGAUCUGACCUCACUGGCCAUACCACCAUCAAUGGAGUCUCCAAACCUACGAUUUCUGAAACUUCCUAGAAUACCUUCAGGCUUUGGAAACAAGACUAACCAGGUUGAUGUACAAUGUCUCGAGCAAGACAUUUACCAGAAUCACGACAUUCAGACCAUAUUUGAUUUUCUGGAUGGUGCCUUGUAUCUGAGAAUUUCCGUGCACAUUUAUAACACGAUGGACGACUUUGUCAGGCUUGCUUCUGUCUUAAAGAAAUAUCUGGAUCAGUAGCUAGGAAGUCUGGAACGAAGAAACUGAAUGAAGCCUGUCUGUCCCUCUAAUAUGAGUGGAAUAUGAGAACCCAACAAAUACAAAAGAAACAAACAAACAACGCAAACUAGAGGAUGAUAUGGUUGGUCUGUGUGUGUGACUCUUAACGCGCAAGGAUAAAAUCUUUUCCCUAGUUCUUAAAAGCGAAAAGCAUAAUUUUAGAGAGAUGACUGUUAUUAAUCAAAAGAUGGAAAAAAUUAUUUGUUAUUCGUGAUACUUGUAGUACACAUAGUUUUUUUUAUAUAUUACACAGUGUCUGUACCGGUGAUUAUGUAAGUGCAAUGAAUCCUGAGCUCAAUCAAACUUUAAGACAGCACCAACCGAUGGCCUCAUCAGGUGCUCAUGGGCUCGAGACUAGCACUGGCAAGAGCAAAUCAUGGUCAUCCACAAGUUACAGGAAAACUGAUGUACAUAAAUGAAAGACAGAUCAAAGACAUCCCCUUCAGCUACCUGUAAACCACCAUGUCCAAACAUAGUAGGUGUAUGGAAGAAAUUUGCAUCACUAUUACAAUAGCAGUAAUGUUCAGGCUCAGUAGGAUUUGUUGCAGCGCCGCCAUCAGGUUCUGUACUAAGUACAAAGUACAGACUGUACAGUAUCAAUGACAGAAGUGAACAUGCCUGUUGACAAAGAAAAAAGAAUUUGUGUGUUUCUUGUGUUUGUGAUGUAAGUUCACGUCGACUUUUUGUACGGAUUAGUUGAUUUCUUCAUUGAGGAGAACCUUAGUCCUCUUUUGAAUGGGUGUUGAGGUUUGUGGACGACAAGACUAAAGGUCAUCUUCUGUGCUGACCCUGCCCCACUUGAAUUCAUCAUUCCACUUCUUCACAGUUCAUAGGAAAGGGAGACUUCAGCAAGUGUCUGUACCAUGUCCUCAUGGAUUUCCUUGGGUGUCAUACCUUUCUUUUGCGGAUGCUUUAUGAGUGCUCGAACCUCUUUUUGAAGAACACAUCAACGGAGUAGCUAUUACAAGCACGUAGCCUUUCCAUUAUACACAAUAAAGUAUUUUUUAUUUACUUGUGAUUUUUGCAUGCCGUUACAAAAAGGAGUGCAUUGGCAUAAUAUACACUCAAGUAUUUCAAUACUUUGACAAUAGGUAAAGUCACUCCCCCCUACAUUCAUCUAUGUCACUUAUCUACCUUUCAUAAAGAAACCAACAGUAUUACUUUUAUUCAUAUUUAUAUGUAAAGGUAAUGUCGAGGCUGCCGUAAGCAAGUUGUUGAUGUGUGUCUGAGGACCUACAGCGGUUCCAGAGAUAAGUGCCUCGUCAUCUGCCAAUAACGAAAUAAACAAGUCGUCAUCGUCCAUUGCA